AUAAGUGCCUCUUUCAUAGUAUCAAUGGCUUCCUUCAACCACUUUGUGUUACUGCUUCUGUUAAUAAUCACUCUUAUUCUAUCCGCUGAAGCAACUAAGGAACGCCGAGCAAUACCAUCAAAGGCAGAAAGGAAUGAAAUGAAGAGACAACUCAAAGCUAUCAACAAGCCUGCAAUCAAGAGUUUCAAGACUGAACAUGGUGAUAUAUUCGAUUGUAUCGAUAUUCACAAACAACUAGCAUUUGAUCAUCACCUACUAAAAAACCACUCUGUUCAGCUAAGGCCAACAACAGUACCUGAAUAUAUCACUGGAAACAACAUUUCAGAGAGUUUUAGUCUUUUGCAAGAAGGUAUAAGCUGUCCAGAUGGCACAGUAAUUGUAAAAAGGACUACAAUGCAAGAUCUUAUGCAUGCACAACGUUUGAAAUCCAUGGGAUUCGAGGGCCCGAGACCUUUUCUCACAGAGACAAACAACAUGAAUUUUAAUGGAAAAUUCUACGAUGCAAGAGCUGAUUAUGGACCGAACCCUUUUGCUGGAGUUGCAGGAAACAUUAACAUAUGGAAACCAAAAAUCUUGCAAGAUCAAGUUAGUAUUGGAUACAUGGCAGUUAGUGGGGGGCCUAUUGAAGAAGAUUUCGCCAGCAUUUCAGUUGGAUGGAUUGUGAAUCCAUCGAUGCACCAUGGUGAUCAUGUUCGUUUAUACGCCUACUGGACUUUACAUGGAAGCAGUACUGGCGGCUGCUACGGCAUGUCAUGUCCUGGAUUUGUGCAAGUUAGCAAGACUAUACCAGUUGGUGCCGUUCUUCAACCAUUUUCCAUCUAUAAUGGUCGACAAUAUGAAUUGCGUUUAGGCUUGUUUCAGGAUAGUGGCACGGGAAAUUGGUGGUUUGUAUUUAAAGAGGAGAUUAUUGGAUACUGGCCAGCAUCAUUGUUCAAGUCCUGGAUGGAAUCUAACAGCGCAAAUUAUGCAUCUUGGGGAGGGCAAGUGUAUAGCCCUAUCAGAGAGAAGAGUCCACCUAUGGGAAGUGGUCAUUGGCCUAGUGAGGGCUUUCAUAAAGCUGCUUUUAUUAGUGGCCUCAAACUCUUCGAUGGUCACGGGAAAGUUUAUAAUCCAGGACGCGGGACAGUGAAGGUACAUGAGAGCAGACCAAUCUGUUACAAAGCCAGAUAUGUUCAUGAUGUUGAUAAACCUUGGUUAAAAUCUGUUUACUUUGGAGGUCCUGGAGGGUGCAUAGGGUAAUUGAUCUACGAGAUAAAGAGUAACAAUAUCAUAAGAUUUUAAUUUUACACAGGCUAUAGGAAAAAUCAACAGAUUUGAAAUAUAUCUAAGCAUUACUUGCGCUCUAAUAAAUAAUAAUAAAGUAUUAGAAAUUCACAAC